AGCGCGCUCCCGGCGCUGCCGUAAAGCGGCGCCGCGGCGGAGCCGGGAGGGAGCGGGUAACAAAAAAAAAGAAUACCACAAGGACAGAGUUCACCGAAAUGUGAGAAUGGCCAAUUCUUUAAGAGGUGAAGUGGUGAAACUGUACAAAAAUCUGCUGUACCUUGGAAGGGAGUAUCCCAAAGGAGCAGACUACUUCAGAUGCCGUUUGAAAGCAGCUUUUCUAAAAAACAAAGAUGAGACAGACCCUGAAAAAAUUAAGCAACUGAUUGCCCGGGGAGAAUUUGUUGUAAAGGAGCUGGAGGCUUUGUACUUCCUGAGGAAAUACCGAGCCAUGAAGCAGCGCUACUACAGCGAUGACAAGCCUUGACUGUGCCUGUAACCACACACACCCUGGAAAGGUAACAAUAAAAGAGCUCUAACUGCAAAAGAAGUGAAAUGUAAAUCCUUCCAACCCCUCUAGAGCACAAAUCAGGGAGCUGCUUCCCUGCCAGGAGUCGAUUGAAGGGUUUGGGACGUGCAGUUUAUGGGUAAUAGGUCUUCCUCCGCUUUUGACUGCCUCAAACUAAACCUUCAGGUAUGAAAUGAUUUUGCACAAAGCAGUGGUUGCACAGCCCUGUUCUGUCUCACUUCAAUGUAUGUGUUGAACAGAAACUCUUACCUCGUU